CUGAACAAUCAGAAUAUCUCAACAAUGUUGAAUUGUAUUGUUGAGUUUGAGAUAAAAAAUUAAUAAUAAAAAGAAUAUUAAUUUUGUUGCAUAUAAUUAAUUAUAUAUGAAUAUCUUUUACUGAAAUAAUAUUGAUUUCAAUAAAAUGACAUCGAUAUUUUCUGUUAGAAUUGUAAAAAACAAUUCUAUCGGAUACUUAACUCGAUUAUGUAAGAUAUCAAAGAAUUACAAUAUAAUACAAGUGGCAUUUAUAAAAAGAAUUGCGUUUAAAGAAUAUAUACCUAAACCAGCUCCAUAUCCUUAUUGGAAAAAGAUAUGCAAUGAAGUCAAUAUGAUAUUGGAUCCAACAACUCUUAGAUAUGAUGAUAAUACCAAAUUAAUAAUUGUAGAUGGACCUCCUGCAGUAGGAAAAACUAAACUUUGUGAACAAAUAGCAAAAGAUUUUGGAUUUUUAUAUAUGCCAGCACCAACACAUGAUGAAAUAUUUAUAAAUUAUUAUGGAUUUGAUCUUCGUAAUCUAAAUCCUCAAUUACCAGAAUCAUGUCGUUUUUAUGAUUUAAAAGAUUUCCUAAGAAAUCCUUAUCAUUAUAGAACAGCAACCAUCCAAUUAGGAUUUUUUAAUAUGAGAUUUGAACAAUAUUUGAAUGCACUUGUUCAUAUAUUAGCAACUGGACAAGGCGUAGUACUCAAUCGAUCCAUUUUUACAGAAUAUGCUUUUAUGAAUGCUAUGCAUAAAGCUGGAUAUCUUAGUGAUUUAACUGUGAAAGAAUUUGAAAUGAUGAGAAAAAACUCAUUCAAAUUUCUUUUAAGACCACACUUAGUUAUAUAUUUGGAUGCAUCUCCAGAAAUCAUUCUAGAAAAAAUAAAAAAACGAGGUAAUGUGGAUGAAAUUAACUCCAAAGUUUUAACAACAAAAUAUUUAACGGAUUUAGAAAAUUCAACUAAAGAAAAAUGUUUGUCUUGGCUAUCAUCACACUCACAUAUAUUGAUCUAUGAUUGGUCAAAAGAAGGCAAUAAUAUAGAUAUAAUUCAAGACAUUGAAACUUUAGAUUUUGAAGAAGAUCAAUAUAAAGAAAAACUUAAAGAUUGGGUAUUUGUUGAUACUGAUCAAUUAAUUAAUUUUUUGGAGAUGUAUCAAAAUAAGAAAUACAUAUUCGAUUAUAUGAAUCAGAAGACAGAACCUAUUGUUGCUACUGAUAUGUAUCUUAUAAAUGAUGAAAAAGAAAUUCAAGAGAAAAUACUUGAAUCAGUUAAUUCAGAGAAAUAUCAAGCUGGAUAUAAUCCAUAUUAUGAUAAGAUUCCAUGGAUUACAAAAAAAGACUCUCCAUUUUUUUCUAUUUAUCGCCGAACAUCUCGUGAUUUUGUAAAUUGCGAUUUAUUUAAAUUAGAAUAGUAAAAAUUAUUUGUAAUAUAGAUCUUUAUAGAUGUCAAAAUUAAUAUAAUAAAGAAAAUUAGUAUUAUAGUAUAUAAAUUA